AUGGCUGAUCGAGAACCAACUGAGAAUCAAUACGAAGGGAAAAUUGUAGGAGGUGCAAUAACAGAUACUACUAUAUAUCCAUACCAAUUAUCUCUACAAUAUUUAGGUAUCCAUGUGUGCGGGGCUUCUUUGAUAGGACGAAAAUGGGUCCUGACAGCCGCCCAUUGCGUAUACGAUAUAUUCACCAACUUCCUAUCGAUCAGAGCGGGUGCCGUGGCCAAACAACGCGGCGGGGAAGUAAUAGAUGUUGUUAAAAAAUAUAUUCACCCUUUGUUCAACAAUGAUACUCUAGACUACGAUAUAGCUCUUCUCGAACUCAACGAGGAUGUGGAUCCAGAUUAUGGUGAAAUAAUACCAAUAGCCAACGAAGGUGAUACUAUGAAUGAGGGAGACAUGGGUACUGUUGUCGGUUGGGGAGCAACUGUUGAAAAUGGCCCGAUGUCGAAAGAACUCAUAGUAACCGAAGUUCCUGUAAUAGCUCACAAAAAGUGUGAGAAUAUUAUGGGAACAAUGUUAACAAGCCGGAUGUUUUGCGCAGGGUAUCUAAUUGGAAGGAGAGAUGCAUGUCGAGGUGAUUCUGGUGGACCAUUUAUAAUUAACGGUGUUCAAAUUGGUAUUAUUUCGUGGGGUAUUGGAUGCGGACGACUGCUAAUUCCUGGCGUUUAUGCAUCUAUUCCUGUACUGAGGAAAUAUAUUAGGUCGAUAUCAGGAAUUUGA